AUGGCACCGUUCCAAACUAGACAGCCCAAAGUACCAGCCCAUCUACCUCUCGCCCCCCUCCUCACCCCCAUCAUCCACCACCACCUCAUCCCGCCUCGCAGCCGCAAGUGCAACCUGCUCCUGCUCACCCUCGCCCCCAUCGCCAUCUGUCUCUCCUCACUCACCUUCAUCUUCAACCAGACCCACCCAACCUCUCCCUCUCCCGCACGCAUCUCCAUCAAGCUCUUCGACCAGCACCAGCGCCUCAAGUCGCAGGCCAAACAGCUCUCCUCAGACCUCCUCAGCUGGCUUGACUCGGUCCCCAACCCUCUCCGCUCCUCAGCCUCGCCCGACUCUGAUCCCGACAACCCCCUGCUCAACCCGCCCAAUGAUCACUCGCCUCACCCAAUCCUCCCUCUCCUCCUCAGCGCACGCCAAGCGUGGCAGUCAACCCUCCAAUCACAGCCACUCUCGCUCCAGCAGGCCCGGAUCUACUACCACCAGAAAUUCUAUCCACUCCAACCACCACCUGGCUUCGGCCAGUGGUUCCAGACGACCCACGCGGUGGUCCAUUGGCGAAGCUGGGCUGGCGUUGCUGGUGCCGUGGCACCUUGCGUGAGGCAUGCUGGGACUUGUAUCAAAAACCAAACGGGGCUGCGGGCCUGGCCGGCCCGCGCGCGCAAGGCCCGGGCCCCCCGCAUUUCUAGCAGGCUCGCGAGACGGGGCUGGCGCAGCAGCGAGGGGCACCUCGCCCAGACCUACAUGGGCGAGGUGCAUCCCCAUCUUAGGGUUACUAGGCCCCCACAGACUUGGGCCCCCACCAAUCAAAUUGGUAUGAGAACCAGACAACCUGCCCCUCCUCCUACCUUAUUGUCCCCCAAGCCUCCCCCACCCCUUCUCCUACCCCUGGCAUUCCCGCCCACCCUAUUGCCCAUCCUUUUGCCCCCCCCGCUGACGCGCAACAUCCGUCCUUCCCCACACCCCUACUCCCGCGUGUUCCCAUGA